CUAUAUGGCUCUUAUGAAAAUCUCGAAGGUGGUACUACAGCUGAAGCUCUUGAGGAUUUCACCGGUGGCCUCACAGAAUUCUACGAUCUGCGAAAGACCGACAAAGCUGUUAUUCUUGCGAUGAUGAUCCGUGGUUUCCAAAUGGGAUCGCUUUUUGGAUGUAGCAUCGAUGCUGAUCCUCAUCAAAAGGAAGCACCUCUGGAUAAUGGUCUUGUUCGAGGUCAUGCAUACAGUAUCACUGCUUUGCAUACCGUAUCCGGUCCCAAUGGAGAAACUCCUUUGGUUCGCGUACGAAAUCCAUGGGGAAAUAGCAAGGAAUGGAAUGGACCGUGGAGUGAUGGAUCAUCAGAGUGGAACUAUGUGGACAGCCAGAAAAGAGCCGAAUUGGGUGUGGAAUUCGCUAAGGACGGCGAAUUCUGGUAA